AUGGCGGAUCGCGAGCAGCCCCCGUGGCGCGACAGCAUCACGGCCAUCGAGGUCCACGCGGCGCGCGUGGAGCGGAAGACGCGCCACCUCGCCGGCGAGAUGUGCAAGCGCGUGCAGCCCACGCGCUGGCUCGUCUUCUCGGCGGCGCCCGUGCUCGUGCUGCUCGCCCUCGUCGCGGCGGUGCUCGCGCUGCUCGACGACCGCGCGUUCGUCGUCGUGCACCUCCUCUCGAAGUCCUGGUUCGGCGCGUUCCUCUACGGCCGCGCGCGGUUAUUAUAUCGCAAGAUGCGGCGGAGCCUCGGCGCGGCCGGCGCGGUCAACGUCGUCGCCGUGGGCGUCAUGUUCGCCCUGUCCGUGGCGGCGCUGGCCCGCCACGACUACCGGCGCCUCGUCUUCGUCGGCGGCGGCGAGUCGGGCUCCCGGACGUCGAGCUACCUCGCGGCGCCGCUCCGCUCGCGGGAGGCGCGGCGCUACGUCGAGGGCAAGGGCCUCGAGCUGCGGUCCCUCGCGGCGUCGUGCAUCGUCCUCGCGGACAUCCUCGUGCUGGCGCUGGCGCAGAACCUCUACGCGGCCCCGCUCAAGGACGCGGUGCGCCUGGCGUCGUCCGCGGGCAUGCGGGACGAGACGGCGGCGUACCGCGCGGCGCUCAAGCGCCACUACGCGCUCUGCGCGCUCGCCGUCUGCUCGACGUGCUGGGUCUGGUGCGCGCUCGUUUUUUUUCUGAUUCCCGUCGUCGUGUUGCUCUGCUUCCUGUUCUGGUGGCAGUACGCGCUCUGGCGGACGCGGACGGACGCGCUCACGGCGCUCGCGGCGCUCCUGUCGCCGUCGCGGCCGGGGGCCCAGGCGCCGCCGGGCCGGCGCUGGGCCAAGGUCGCAAAGAUCGUCGCGCUCGUCGUCUUCGGCGGCGUCCUGGCGCCGCUGGGCGUGCUCGCGCUCGCGCGCGGCCGGACGCUCCGGGGCCGCGCGGCCUUCGUGGUCGCCGACAUGUGGGCCCACGGCGCCCUCUGCCACGCGUUCCUGCGAACUCGGGCCGGGUCGACGAUGACGCAGUGGGACAGCAAGGCCGCCGACGAGGACCAGCCGUCGCCGAAGCUCGGGUCGCCGGAGGCCCGCGCGUCGGAGCGCGGGAGCCAGCGGCUCAAGGCCGCCGUGCGGGACCACAUCGAGGAGACGCGGCGGGUGAAGCGCGGGAAGCGCAUCCGCGUCGGCUACAAGAUCAACGGCAUCCGGAACGUCAACUCCAUCGACUGCACGUUCACCAUCGAUUUCAAGGUCUUCUACUACUGGACGGACUACCGCGUCAAGGGCCGGCCCAAGGGCACGGUCGUCGACAUCCACGAGCCGGACCUGUUCCAGCCCGAGCUCAUCAUCUCGAACGAGGCGGAGCUGAGCCUCACGCACUGGGAGUUCCAGGUCAAGGACCCGAAGACGGGGCUCCUCAAGCUGAGCGAGUACUACCGCGGCAAAUUAUUGAUCCCGAACAUGUCGCUCCACUUCUUCCCCUUCGACGUGCAGAACCUGCGGAUCUGCAUCAAGCCCCACAAGAAGACCAUCGACGAGGUCGAGCUCCACCCCCUCGUCGACGAGAUGGCCAUCGAGCACCACGCGCGCCACGAGUGGCGCGUCAUCGGGAGCUGCACGGCCAUGUACGCGACGAACCCCGAGCACUCGACGACGGGCAAGGUCUACUCGAGCCUGCACAUCAUCGUGCUCGUGGAGCGCGAGUCCGACUGGCACAUCCGCAUGAUCAUGCUGCCCAUCCUGCUCAUCGCCGUCUGCUCGCUCUGCUGCUUCGCGUUCGGCGUCGACGACAUCGCGGGCCGCAUGGAGACGGCCGUCGCGCUCAUGCUCACGAACGUCGCGACGAAGUUCACCAUCACGGACUACAUGCCCAAGGUGCCCUACCGCACGCUCUGCGACUUUUACCUCGACGUCUGCUUCUUCUGCCAGUUCGGCGUGACCCUGUCGAACGCGGCGAUCUUCAUCCUAUAUCGCGCGCUGCCGAAGUACGCCGUCACGCUGCCGGUCGUCGGCGGCACGCACCGCGUCGUCCACAUCGCCAACGCGGCCUGCGCCGCGCUGGCGGCGUACGUGCUCCUGAAGCUGAACGCGCACACGUUCUUCCGCCUCGACGCGCACCGCAAGGACGUCGAGGAGUGGCGGAAGCAGGCGCUGCCCGCGUCGUCGCCCCCGGCGGAGCACGAGACCGACGGCGUCAAGCUCGGGAACAACGGCGAGGCCACGGCGGCGGGGCGCCUGCGCCACCUCUUCGCGGGCGCGGCGCGCCCCUCGGGGAAGUCGGACCGCCGCGUCGCGCCCGGCCAGUCGUCCGCGAGCCUGUCCGUGCACAUGGGCGCGGAGAACCUGGAGCCCCGGGGCGUCGACGCGCUGCCGGCGCGCAAGAGCCCGGCCAUGUUGUUGACGCCGUCGAACUCGAAGGCGUUCAAGAGCACGCCCAAGAUCGGGAGCACGGGCUUCGCGGCGGAGUCGUUCAAGGACUACGGGGACUACAUGCGCGACCACGGCUUCGACCCCGCGGACGGCGACGACGACGCCGGCGACGACGACAACGCGCCCGCGCCCGCGCCCUCCGGCGACGCGGCCGACGACGACCUCAGCGUCAACACGACCGCGUGGUCCGUCGCGCAGCCGCGGACGCGCACGUCCGGCGGCAAGUCGGCCCACGUCGGCGAGAACAGCGGCUCCUACGCCUUCGUGCGCAAGGCCGGCGGCGACGCGUCCCGCGGGUCCCUCAACAACGGCUCCCAGCCGGGGAGCAAGGCGAACCUCGACUCCGCGCCGGGGAGCAACGCGAACCUGAACAAGGGCGCCUCCGAGGCCGUCCUCGAGGCCUAA